AUGCCGGGAAUGGACUUACAACUUCUCAUCCUGAAAGGCGGCUUGGAGUCACCCGAGGACUCCGAUGGAUAUCAAAAUCUGCCAAUGAAGGAUGCUGCUCGUGUAGCGAACCUCAUAGGCGUGUUUCCCCAAGGCGUUAUCGUCUAUAAACCCAAAACUCUGGCCGACGUCGACCGGGCGAGCUGA